AGUGCACAAUCUCAGUCAAGCUGUCAACACGUGAAAUAUUUAAAGAAAUUUUGUGUAAAGUUUUGAAUGCGAAAUGUCGCUUUUGGAUUCAUGGGAGAUUCUUCGACUCCACCAGGAGGAGGAAGAAAGUUUAAUCUUGAGUAAGGCCACUGAUGAUAACCUGGAAUUCGUACGCCAUAUAAUUGAGAAGACAAAAGUGACCGAGGAAGAUUUAAGACGCGAGUAUACCCCGGAAGAGGAACGGCAGCUCUGCCUGCGGACCAAAGUACGGGUGAAUAUGGCGUACGUCAAUUGCGUAUACGAUGCCAAAAAGCGGUUGGACGCAAAGGGAAGCCUGACCAACAAAUCCUAUCGUUUCGUUAAUGCAAUGUUGAUCAAGGCCAUCAAGCGUCACAUGGUAGUGCCCUAUCCGGACGAUGUUGUCGCUAGACAUCAGUAUAUUAAUCAUUGCGAGCUCAAAAAAGAUAACAAUUUGCGGCUUGAUCGUUGGAAGAAACAGCUGGAGCGUCAGAAGCUUUUGGAGAAUCCACCUAAAACCGAGCCAGGAGAUGUUAAUUCGUCUAUUAUUGAACUAUAUGACGUAGAUGGCAUUGGCGAUGAUGAUAAUACGCAAGAAGCAGGUGUUCAGGCGGCGCCUUUGCCCCAAAAGAACCAGCAAACUGACUGGCUUCUUGCCAUCGAUGAGAUCAAUUCGGAAUCCAUGACUCUAUGUGAUUCCAAUUAUUCGCUUCAGUCUCAGAUCUUAAGCCAAAGCGAUGGCAUGGCUGCCGAUUACGCAACAUUUAAUACUCAGGUUCCAGCCAGUUCUACUCAGGAUUCGGAGGCCGAUAAGUUGCUGUAAUUCUCCAAAGAGAAGAUACAAAUACUAGAUAUUAGAUACAUCAUAUGGAGUUUGGUUCGUAAUUGGAAUAGGAUUAAAACAUUUUAUACCAUUAUAAUUAAUAAGAUAAUGCUUCAAAUCCAUUAAUUAAACAUGUUCAGAAAAACCUUUUUUUAAGUUAAAA